CACAGUGUUUUAGAUUUUAGUUUCAACUCAUUCGCAACGAGAUUUCAGCGCACACAUUGUUGUUUUCACCAACAGCACACAAAAAAAUACACAUAUGCAUACAGAUAUGUAUGUAUGUUUGUCCAGAAUUUUAUUUUAUUCACAAUAUAUACAAAACGGUGUGUGCGGGAAUUUGGAAAUAACAAAUAAUCAUCAGCGAAAGAUGCGUGAGUAAUACUACUUGGCCGGUUAGUUGCUGUAGAGCAUUUCAUUGGUGCGGGUGAGUUCUGUGUCCGUCUGCUUUUAUUUUCGCAUUGCGUUAUGUCGAAACGUGCAAAAGAUACAAGUGUUCCGAAUUUGAUAAGACUGAAUGAAUAAUAUUACAUACAAAGUUUAGGCGGUCACUUUUACUUGUGAUAACUACAAUAAAGAGACUGCAACCGUUUCAAGUGUGAAAGGAGAGAAGUGCAAAUAGCUCCAGCUCUCAGUGACAAACUAACUUUAAUAUACUUCUUUGCUGGAACAGUUAUACACACAUACAUACAUACAUACAAACAAACAGUAUGUUUUCAACUUCCGGCUACGAUCGGCUUUAUGCCAGAAGCACUUCCGGUUUAACGAAAUUGCUCUGUAUGCUCUUUGCUUUAGCUGGCAUUCUGUGCAUCGCACUCAGCUCAGCGCCCGUUACCAAUUUGCGUGGCCUCAUCUACAUGUGUGUUAUGGCAUGCGCUUGCCUCAGCAGCGCAUUUGUGUUUGCAUGUAAUUUUUGCGAGAUGCAUCCGUGUAGUCGCAGUCGUUGUUGUAAUAAGUCCACGUUUGAGUUAUACCUUCAUCUCACAUUGACAGUUACUUGUUUCCUUGCCUCUUCAGCUGUGUUGACAUUGGCAUUGGUGGCGUACUCUGUGGCAGCGUUCUUCGGAUAUCUGACAUUCUGCUUGUAUGCGCUGGAGGCUUGGAAUAAUUUUAGGAGAUAUCGUCAGCGUGAUAUGAGCACACAAACUUUAUAGUAGGCAUGAGUGUGUUCGAGUGAAUGUUGCCUGUUAUCAAACGGUAUUUUUGUUCCAUAUUAGGAAAUAUGUUUUUGUUAAAACAUAAUGAUUUUCAUAUUAUUCUUCCGCCGUAUGUUUGCAUCUAAAAUAUUGUAUGUUUCGUGGACUCAAUAAUGACUCAGUAGUAAAUUUUUAUAUUUGUUGUAAGCACGUACGAUAUUACUUUUGAAUCAUAGAAUGGUAUUUCAGUGAAUAGCAAAGUCCGAAAGCAUUCGAGCGAUUCUUAAUGUGAAGGGAAUGUCAUGCAUUUUUCAGCUUUAUGCAAGCUUGCAACCUGAAUUUUGUUGUAAUUACUAGUAAUAUGUAUUCCCUCUAUGAUCUUCUAUGAGAAAAAAUCUUAAAUGUAUAAUCGCAAAUGGCCAAUGAUAUUAACUUCUUUAAAAUGUUUACUAAAAAUGUUUCUAUAGCUUUAGAAAAAAUUGUAAUUGUUUAAAUAAAAAAACUGACUAAAAGUUUUUUUAGCUGUUUAGAAUAGAGUUACCGUGUACUAAUUAAACUUUAAUUAAAAAAUGAUUUUUUUAUAUCGUACGAAGAUUUUGAAUGCAUACAUAAUUUAUUUUAAUUUACUUUUGGUUCUAGGCUAAAAGAGAUAUUCUAAAUUGAAGACGAUUGCUUUUGGUGUGAAAGUUUUUUUUUUGGUUCGUUGUAUAUAUGUAUAUAUAUAAAAUACUCAUAAUUAGUAAAAAUGAAGAAUAAUAAUGUUUAUAUGCAAGCAAAAUAUUGGUUAUAGUUUAGUGAAUUUGCAAAAUAGCAAACAAUUCUCUGUCAAAAAUAUGUAUGUAAAUACAAAUUAAGUUAAAAACUCAUUAUUGAUUCAGCUUUUACCUAUAAAUACGAAACGAUUGCUGAACAAAAAUUUAUAAACUGAAGAUCUACUCUAUGACGAUUGAUAAUAUACAUAUACUAUAUAUACCUGUAGUCAAAAUAAUAGCAGUGCCAAGCACAAAAAAAU